AUGAGGAUGGCGCUUCGUAUUCAGUGUGCGUGGCGUUGUAACCGUGCCCGCCACAUGCUGCGGGAGCGCCAGCAGGUGCUCUACCAAGAGGUCUACCGCAGGCAAAAGGCCGCUGCCAGGUGCAUUGAGGGAAUGCUGAGCUCUGUGAUGGAGCAGCGUAAACUGCGGAAAAAACAGGAACUUUGUGCCUUAGCUGUGGAGGAGCGUGUGGCAUGGGAGGAGAAGCUGUUCCGGAGUGCGCUUGUCAUCGCCCGCUACGUCAAGGCCUUUCUGUGCCGACGACGCCGGGAGAGGGAGCUCUGCAAAUUACUUGCACUGCGUAGUCUGGAGGAGCUGAGGUUGCGGGAGGUAGUGGCCACGAUUCUGGCGCGCUGGUGGCGCAUUAUUGUCCCUCGCAAGGCGUACUGGCGGCGGCGCACGCAGGAGGUGGAGGAGCAGCAGCGUCGUGAAGAGCUGUUCCGGCAGCAAACGUAUGCGGCGACGCAAAUUCAGCGCCGCUUUAGAGGAAUCCUGGGCAGGCGUGAGGCGCACGCGAGGCGGGAGCAACGCGUGGAGGAGCAUCGCUCUCGACAGCGCCGCCUGCAGGACAGCACAGACCUCGUUCGCCUCUGCCUGCAGGAGUACACGCGGCGGUGCAACAGGCUUAGACGCGAGGCGGAGCAGCGUGUAGUCCGACGGGAGGAGGCAGCCGCCGUCAUACAAAGUGGCUGGAAGGCGGCGCUUAAGCGGCAGGUGCUACACAACGCCCUGAUGCGUUGUCGCCGCAUUGUGAGGGCGGUGUUGACAAUACAACGCGCCUACCGGCGAUUCUGCGCCGGACGCGAGAUUCGCUACCUGCGGCGGGUGCAGCUGGCGAUGAAUCAGGAACGCCUCGACAAUGAAUACCGUGUCUUCCGUGCCACCAUGACGCUUCAGUGCUUUGGACGUAUGGUGGUCGCCAAGCGCACGGCGCGGCAUCGGCGCGCGGCCGUUGGGCGCGGAUUCUUCCUUGCGGCCGUAACCAUCCAAAGUCUCUGUCGUGGUGGCACCGCCCGUGCGCAGCUUGGCCUCGCCCUCCACCUCCGGCGCCGGGCGGCAGAGCAGCUGGCGGCCUCUAUUCAAAUGCAGAAGGAGCGAACGGUGAGCCUCACCACCGCGUUUUUGCGCGCCCGCGAGAGCUGCUUCCUCGCCGAGGGGCGUCGCUGUCGCCGGCUGACGGAGAAGCUGUACAUUCGCCGCUACGUCCGUCGUGAGCUUCGCCGCGACAAGUCCGCGACGGUCAUUCAGCGCGCCGUGCGCCGCUGGCUGGCGCGCCGCCGUCUACGGGAGGAGGAAGAACGGGCACGCGCGCUGCGGGCCCUCGUCCUCGCGGCCGUCGUUCGUAUUCAGGCGGUGAUGCGGGGCUUCCUGGCACGACAGCAGUACCGCCUGCGUCGGUACCUGGCGCAGCGGCAGGCGCGGAAGCGGGAGGAGAUGGAGGAGGUGAUGGUGCAGUUGUGGGUUGACGAGUGGCGGGCGGCGGUGCUGCAGGCCGAGCACGACCGCCGCCGCAUUGAGACACUCGAAAAGAAGCUCCGCGAGGACUUGGAGCUCGGACACAAGCGGGGAUUGCUGCGGGCGGCGACGGCGGCCCAGCUGGGCGUCAAAUACGUUCCUGAGGAGGAGGAGGAUGAAAAUGAGCGAAGUCUUUCCACCUACAGGGACGACCCCUGA